AUGCCAGCUCUCUGCCAACACCCAGACACAACACCAGCUCUCUGCCAACACUCAUCUUCAAUGCCAGCUCUCUGCCAACACCUCGGCACAGCAACAACUCUCUGCCAAUACUCAUCUUCAAUGCCAGCUCUCUGCCAACACCUCGGCACAGCAACAACUCUCUGCCAAUACUCAUCUUCAAUGCCAGCUCUCUGCCAACACCUCGGCACAGCAACAACUCUCUGCCAAUACUCAUCUUCAAUGCCAGCUCUCUGCCAAUACUCAGCCUCAGCCUCAGCCAUCUGUGUCUAUUCCCCUUAA